CGGCACUGCAGUUCAAGGUGGGGGAGAAGCCAACAAUCAACAAUCAAAAUCUCCCUAAUGUUUGGCUGUCAAUCUCAAAUCCCGAAUUUGCCCUCCCAACUGAACCCAAAUAAUAUCAGCAUCACUCGUUCAUCUACCCAUAUGACCCAUCCAUCACGCAAAACGCCACAACAAAUUCGUUAUAUCAACCCGUCAUUAUCUUCGUUCUCUACCGAUUGUAACAGAGAGAAUCACAGAGAGCUAGAGAGAGAGAGAGAGACAGCCAGAGGUAAAGGAAUAAUAAAUUCUAUGCAACCAAGGACGACGGAGGCAUCGCUCUUUGCGCAACGGACAAAUUUCCGAUUCGAAUCCCGUGGCGGUUGCUGUGAAUGCAGCUCCGGAGAGUGCUGCGAUUAUGAUUAUUAAGAAUUUGUUUGAUGAUAACCUGCGCUGCGCGUCCAAUCUCAGCCGCUUGGUUGCCGGCCUCUUGCUCUUCCUCCUCUACCAUUCCUCCCAGCUGAUUUCUAAUUUUCCGGUUCCUAUACACCCGUAAACUCUGUUCUACACUUUUUUUUUUCUUUCUGCUGUUGUUUUUGCUGCUGCUACGUUUUGAAUUGCUGCUCGACUUGUCGAAUUUGGUUCCCCGUUGUUGUGUUGGCGAAUUCCGUGUUGCAACUGUUGUGAGGCGGUGAAUUGGAGGUGUUUCAAGCGGCCGGUCGAUGGAAGUGAAGUUCGGCGGUGACUCGCUAGCUGGCGAGUGUCUCGAUGGCAUUUAUGCGUCACUUGUUGAGAGACAACAUAAUGCAUUGCCUUCUGUCAUCGUUGUUGGUGGGGGUAUAUCAGGAAUUGCUGCAGCCCACAUGCUUCAAAAUGCAUCUUUUAAGGUGAUCCUGUUGGAGUCCCAAGACAGGAUUGGUGGUCGUAUUCACACUGAUUACUCAUUUGGUUGCCCAGUUGACAUGGGAGCUUCAUGGCAAAAAGACAGAGUUCUGAUCAAUAUGGAGUUACAUGGUGUCUGCAAUGAGAAUCCGUUGUCUCCCAUUAUACGCCGUUUGGGGCUCACCUUGUAUCGCACAAGUGGUGACGACUCCCUUCUAUAUGAUCAUGAUUUGGAAAGUUAUAUUCUAUUCGACAUAAAUGGUCAUCAAGUUCCACAAAAAAUGGUUAUUGAAGUUGGAGUUGCAUUUAAGAAAAUCCUUGAAGAGACGGAUAAAGUGAGGAAUGAACUGAGCAAUGACAUAUCUGUGAAGGAAGCAAUAUCGAUCGUGCUGGAUAGACAUCCAGAUUUUAGUUCAACUGCUUCUUCUUUAGUGCUAUCAACUUUGAAUUGCGAGAAAGAGAAAGUACUUACCGGUGGCCAUGGCCUCAUGGUGCAAGGGUAUGAUCCAGUGAUUAAGGCCCUGUCUAGAGAUAUUGAUAUUCGCUUAAAUCACCGGGUUAAAAGAAUUGUCAACGGGUAUAAGAAGGUGGUUGUAACAGUCGAGGAUGGCCGUAAGUUUGUAGCCAAUGCUGCCAUAGUCACUGUUCCCUUGGGGAUUCUAAAAGCCAACUCGAUUGAGUUUGAGCCUAGUCUUCCAGAAUGGAAACAGUCUGCAAUAUCCGAUCUUGGUAUCGGAAAUGAGAAUAAAAUUGCACUGAAAUUCGACAAUGUCUUUUGGCCGAACGUGGAACUUUUAGGCGUUGUUGCCACCACUUCUUAUUCAUGUGGCUAUUUUCUUAAUCUCCAUAAGGCUACAGGCCAUCCAGUCCUCGUCUAUAUGGCAGCUGGGGCCCUUGCGUAUGAUCUUGAAAAGCUAUCGGACGAGGCUGCUGCUGAUUUUGCAAUGGUACAGUUGAAACGAAUGUUUCCAGAUGCAACUGAACCUGUAAUCGGCAACUCGGAGGACAUAUAUGACCGGCUGCGGACCCCAGUGGGCAAUCUCUUCUUUGGGGGCGAGGCUGUGAGCGUCGACCAUCAGGGCUCGGUUCACGGCGCCUACUCUGCCGGGAUAUUGGCCGCCGAAAAUUGUCAGAGGCACACACUGCAGAAGCUCGGGAGUCUCGAGAGGAUGCCGCUCGUCGCCUGUCGGGAGGAAGCCGUCGAAGCAAGCGUUCCUCUUCAGAUCUCGAGACUGUAA